AAAUCUGACAGCCCGCCGGGCUCUUAUUGUGAAGGUCCGUGCGGAAGUGAGUGUGCUGGAUUCAGAGGAGUCUCUCAGACUGAAUAUGUCUCCGGCUCGGGACACGUCCGGACCUCGGUUCUGAUGGACCUCGUAGAUGAUGGGGAACAGCUGCGAUCGAGAAGUGUCUUCGGAGCGGUCUCCGAGGAGGAGGAGUAUUUCCGGUUUGGGCAGCUCAGAGAAGAACCUUGCAGUCGACAAUCCCAACUCUUCUCCGUUCAAAGUGCCGAACUUCUUCAGCAAACGUCUGAAAGGCUCCAUCAAGAGAACCAAGAGCCAGACCAAACUGGACCGGAACACCAGCUUCAGACUGCCGUCGCUGCGGCCCGCCGAGCCCGACAGGGCCCGCGGGCUGCCCCGGCUGAAGGAGGCGGUUUCCCAUGAGUCCUUGCUGAGCCCCAGCGGCGCCGCCGAGGCUCUGGACCUCAGCAUGGAGGACGACGUCUUCAUCAAGCCUCUGCACAGCAGCGUCCUGGGCCAGGAGUUCUGCUUCGAGGUGACCUACGCCGGAGGCAGCAAGUGCUUCAGCUGCACGUCGGCCUCGGAGCGAGACAAGUGGAUGGAGAACCUGAGGAGAACCGUCCAGCCCAACAAGGACAACUGCCGGCGGGCGGAGAACCUGCUGCGCCUGUGGAUCAUCGAGGCCAAAGACCUGGCGCCGAAGAAGCGGUACUUCUGCGAGCUGUGCCUGGACGACGUCCUGUACGCCCGGACCACCAGCAAGGCCCGGCUGGACAGCCUGUUCUGGGGCGAGCACUUCGACUUCUGCAGCCUGCCGGCCGUGCGCAGCAUCACCGUGCACAUCUACCGCGACGGCGACAAGAAGAAGAAGAAGGACAAGAACAACUACGUGGGCCUGGUGAACAUCCCGGUGGCCGGCGUGACGGGCCGGCAGUUCGUGGAGAAGUGGUACCCGGUCAGCACGCCCACCGCCAGCAAGGCCAAGGGCGGCGGCCCGUCCAUCCGGAUCAAGUCCCGCUUCCAGACCAUCUCCAUCCUGCCCAUGGAGCAGUACAAGGAGUUCGCCGAGUUCGUCACCAACAACUACGGCAUGCUGUGCUCCGUGCUGGAGCCCGUCAUCAGCGUCCGCAACAAGGAGGAGAUGGCGUGCGCCCUGGUGCACAUCCUGCAGAGCACGGGCCGGGCCAAGGACUUCCUGACCGACCUGGUGAUGUCAGAGGUGGAUCGCUGCGCCGACCACGACGUCCUGAUCUUCAGGGAGAACACGCUGGCCACCAAGGCCAUCGAGGAGUACCUGAAGCUGGUGGGGCAGAAGUACCUUCACGACGCCCUGGGUGAGUCCGGCCGGGUCCAAUCGCCCGUUCUUAAUGAGCCGUUAACGACAUGCCCCCCACCUGCCCUGCUGUGCUCACCCCUCGCCGUGUCCCCUAAGCAUGAAGUUCCACUUCGUUUUGGUUUCCAUGACGUUUUCCUCAUGUUUUCCUCCCUCCUGUUUUCCUCUUUCUGUUCACUUCCUGCCUCCAUCUUGUGCUUUUCCCGCCUCCACCCGACGCCCCCCCUCCGUCCGUCUGCACUCAAACACUCCACCACACGGCGACCACAGGGUGAAAAUUCAUUCCUGCAGGCCACCGUAGCCAAGCUGGGCCCGCUGCCGAGGAUUCUGGGAGACAUCUCCCGCUGCCUGUCGGCGCCCACGCCCAUCCAGCAGCAGCUGAGGCGUUUCCAGGACAACAGCCCCGCCCACAACGCCAGCGGCAGCGUGUCGUCAGGGCUGCAGCGCAUCUUUGAGGACCCCGCCGACAGCCUUCAGUCUCCGGUCGCUGAGCAGACCGAGGCCUACGGUCGGAGCCAGCGCCCCCUGCUGGCUGAGCAGCAUCCCUCUGCCAACACCGCCUUCUCGGAUCAGGAGGAGCGGGACGGCCUGCUGCCCAACGGCCGCAGCGUCUCUCUGGUGGACCUGCAGGACUCUCAGAGCCUUCAUGGCCCCAAAGGGCCCCCAGCGCCCCACGAGGCCCCUCCCCGCCUCAGCAGGGUGGGCUCUCAGGCCUCUAUAGGCCACGCCCCGCCCCCAGUGACCUACCCCCACUCCAACCCGGUGACCCCUCAGCCGGCGACGCACCAAUCCAAAGCCCCGCCCAGAGACGGCCAGCCGCAGAGCGCGCCGCAGGUGAGGCGUCCGCUGCCGCCGUCGCUCAGCCAGCAGCGCGGCCUGCAGCCGCUGUCCUUCCAGAACCCCGUCUACCACCUGAGCAACGCCGCCCACAGCCUGUCCGCUCGCUCCGCCCACUCGCUGCAGCGCGACUCCAGCUCCGACAACCUGAGCACCGAGAGCUCGCACAACAGCCACAGCAACUCGGACGACUUCGGCAGCCAGGUGGGGGGCAAAGGUCGCGUGGCAUCCAACAGCAGCCUGGACGAGGUCGGCAGCAGGCGGAGCACCCAGAGCGAACAGUGCUCCACCCCACGCCGCCACCCGCCGCCCGACCUGCCGCUGGGCGCCGCCACUGCUGUCGCCAUCCCCCGCCAGACUGCCACGGCGGGCACCGCCCACAUCGUCAAGGUCGAACAGCAGAGCCGCGGAGGGGGCGGGGCCAGGACGCCGCGCUCUCAGCCUCAGAGCGCUUCGCUGCGCAGCAGCAGCAGCGCCACCACCGAGCCAGCGCCCUCCAGCCGCCAGCCGUCCACCAGCGGCCUGGAGAACGUGACUCCGCCCUCCAGGAGCGCCGCCAAGCAGUCGCCUCAGGUGGGAACGCCAGUGGAGGCGGCGGCCAUGUCUCCGGUGGAGAGGACGGCGGCCUGGGUCCUCAACAACGGCCAGUAUGAGGAAGAGGAGGGAGGAGAGCGGAGCAGGGAGGAAGGCCGGAACACGGAGAAGUACGAGCUGGAGAUCUCCCGGCUGAAGGAGCGACUGCGCGUGUCGAGCCGCCGCCUGGAGGAAUACGAACGGCGGCUUGUGGCUCAGGAGCAGCAGAUGCAGAAGCUCCUGCUGGAGUAUAAGAACCGCCUGGAGGACAGCGAGGAGCGACUGAGGAGGCAGCAGGAGGAGAAGGACGGCCAGAUGAAGAGCAUCAUCUGCAGGCUGAUGGCCGUGGAGGAGGAGCUGAAGAGGGACCACGCCGAGAUGCAGGCGGUGAUCGAAGCCAAGCAGAAGAUCAUCGACGCUCAGGAGAAGCGGAUCGACUCCCUGGACGCGGCGAACUCUCGGCUGAUGGCGGCGCUGACGCAGGUGAAGGAGCGGUACGGCGCGCCCAGCGUCCGCAACGGCCUGUCGCCCAGCAACCCCACCAAGCUGUCCAUCACUGAGAACGGAGAGUUCAAGAACAGCAGCUGCUGAUUGGCCCUCGCAGAGUCAGAGGCGGAGCCUACGAUUGACUCCGCCCACCUGUCUGACAGGCUGAGGACGUUUAAAGAGACAGAACCGAUUUCUGGUGUAAAUACUGAAGGCUGAGCUGAUUGUUGUACAGAGAGAGAGAGUGUGUGUGUGUGUGUGUGUGUGUGUGUGUGUGUGUGUGUGUGUGUGUGUGUGUGUGUGUUCGUUGCGGCGCCACAGAAGCACAGUGAGAAAGAAACGAACCAAAAACAUUUUCUAACUUUUUUAUGGUUUUUAUUUGAAGCUUCUAGUUUUUGUCACGUUUGAAGCUUUAAUUUUUUCUUUUCCUCGUUUAAUUUUCUGACUGAAUUUAGUKUUUUACCUGACGAGUUGUUGUGGGUUUUAAUUUAUUCCUCCUUGUUCUCGCCCCGUUGCUGAUCUACUGAACAGACCUGUGAAGGACCGGGGUCAAAGGUCACACCUKUCUGCUGUCCAUGUUGAGAAUAAAACUGAAAGCAUC